GGAUUUGGUUGUUAUUACCAAUUAUGAUUUGAUUCUAAUAACUGUAGGAGUUUAGUAACUGGUUUAAAUCCGGUCUUACCUAUUUUGCUCUCUAGUUGUUCAAACACAGCAAUACGUAUAUUUACCUGUUGGGAUUACUUCUUCAGUUGCUGUUUAAUUCACACAAGUACCUGAAAGAGUACCAAAAUUUUAUUUAAUUUUGUGGGAAAUUAUCAAAACAUUACUUUUUGAGAAGGAAGCCUCUCUUUUGGGUGUGGAUGGGAGUUUGCUGGUUCCAAACCCCCUGGUGUUCGAGACUUGGCUAAGUCUCUCUGUCUUUUGUCCCUGGGGGACCAUUUCUUUAUAGUUCCAUAGAGCAUUCCUCCUGUUGUAGAAGUGACUGUUCUCUUAAAAACGUCCUUCCAAGGAACCAGCUCACGUCCUCAGUCCCACACCUGUGGCCCCACGUUUCUCACCUGAGAGAGGAGCUUGAAUUGUGAGUCAGCUUAGUCCUGGAAUUAAAAAACAAACAAAUAAAACCUCAUUUUAGCUGAAGACAGGAAGUUUCCAUGUGUAUUCUUCCUUGGGGUAAAGGUCUCUGUACAGUGUCCGCCUUACGGUUGGCCCUCCACACCCUCAGGUUCUGCGUUCACAGGUUCAGCCAACCGCAGGUUGGGAGUCUUUGGGGAGGAAAUUCCAGAAAGUUCCAAAAAGCAAAAUUGGAGUUUGCCACCCCAUGAGCACUACGCUCGAUCCCCAUGAGUGAAGUCGCACGCAGGCACACGCCUGGUAGCCUUUCUGCAGAGAGAGGUUGUGUGCAGACGCGUCGCCCCACUUCGUGAGGGACUCGCACGCUGGUCCUGGAAGCCGUCCCCCAGAUGCCCAGGGACAACUGUCGUAGAAAUGUUUGCUGCUUUAAAAGGGAGAGAAAAGUAGUUAAAACAUAUUGUAUAUUUUACUUGGAAUAAUUUCUAAGGAAUGCACAAUUCAUCUCCUAAAGAUCUGAAGUUUAGAAUAUGAAAUAUUUUAUAGUAUUUUAUAUUUUUCUACAAAGUAAAUUGACGUAAAUUUGGUUUUGUUUUGUUUUUCCAGUCUUUACCAGGUGCUGGUCUCUGGAUGUUUUUGUUUAAUUCGAAAAGCCUUAAGCCUGCCCACACACUGGUGUGGUAUCCAGAUGGGGACUUGCGGCUUUUGAAGAGUUUGAGGAGUCACAGGCAGGAAGCAUUGCUCCGCCGCUACCUGGCCUGGCCGUUUGCUGCUCCCUGCUGCUCUGCUGCAGGCAGGAGGUCUUUCCUCUCUUACCUGUUCCGGAGGAGCAGCGAGGGACGGUAGACCUAGCCUGGGAGUUCAGUUAGUCGGAGCGCUUAUCGGGGAGCUGAGCAAGGCUGAUGUAUCUGACUUGAACCGCGUUGGACCACGAAAAUCAAGGCCACUGACACUAGCAGUACUUCCCAGUACUUGACCAGGAGAGGAAGUGCUUGUUUCACUUCUCACAAAAAGCUGCUCCUACAAACAAAAAAACCACUCUGAGCCUUUGGCCUUUCUGGGGGAAGCACACUGUCUGCCACUGCCAUUGGGAACAGUGACACCUGAAAGGGCCCUCUGACCAGUGCGCCAGGCCCCCCUGUGUAAGCCGGAACAAGGCCAUGGGGACCGUGGGUGUUGGUUCGCAGGGGGAAGGGCUGGGCUGUGAUGCAGAACCCACCCCUCCCGAGAGCGAGAGGCGCCCUUCCCUGCCCUGUUCAUUGGGCAUCUGAUUCGCCUUUGGUACAGACUUAGGUGGUUCUUCUAAAAAGUGUCCUAGUAUUUUUUCAAAAACGAGAAGGUUUUUUGGGGGUGGGUGAUAAGUGGACGGAUUUGACUACCUUUAGGAUCAGGCAAGUGUGAAGUGUGAUACAAAUCCCAACUUGCAGUGUGUGGCAGCUUCCUGCAUGCUUGUCGUUGACACUGGCUUUUAAGACGAAGGAUUUUUAUAAUUUCUUGAUACAGUUAUUGUAGUGCUUUAUGCUUUAAAAGGCCAUAAAGAUGGGACCGAGUUUUCCUGUCUAGGCAGCUUUAUGAAUUAGACCUAUUAAGCUAAUUUGGUAGGCAUUUAGCUUCGGCUGUGUUUUCAGCUCCAUUCCUAGCCAGUGAAUAAGAAAGGUGUGUGUUUUAGUUUUCAGUGCUGUGGUCUGUGUUGGACAGUUUUGAAAAGAGGUAGCUUUAUUUUAGUAUCAUUUGUAGGACUUAAAUUUGCUCCUGAUUUUUAAAGAAAAUGCCUAGAUUCAUCAAAAAGCAUGUUCUUUGUCAAGCGUAGAAAACACUUCACUCUGAGGUUGGUAGUUGGAAGGCUUUGGUUUGAAUAACAAUGGUGCAUUGUUGAUUUGUUGGCUACACUUAUUAUUAACUUUGAAAAUUCGGAAUUUGUCUCUUUUCCAGGUGAAAAACCAUCAAAUUCACAAACUUGUUUUUAGGUAAAUUUUAAUGUGUUUUGCAGGGUGAUUUUCUUAACCCCAACUGAAAAAUACCUGAAUCCCUGACUGAAGAUGAUUUAUAUUAUCUUAUGGUUGACAAAUGUCUGUUUUGUUGAGGUUUGGAAGAUGUAAUAAAAAUCAAAUUAUUUUUCAGUCUUCCAGAAAGCUCUCUCUCCCUCCUCUCCCUGCUUCUGUCCCUUUCAACAGGGAAGCGCCAAAGGGAAGUGCUCAGCACCAGCAGCCCGUCGGUUUCUUACCUCCCAGAGCCUCUGGGGAACCGUUGCCUGGGCUGGUACAGUAGGCUUCACUAGACUAGGCCGCAACUCAGGACUCCUCCUCCAGCACCUGAGUAAAUGCUGAUGGUCUUGUGGAGAGUGGAUUAAAAGUACGAGCUAAGUUCUCAAUUCCAAUUAAGAAGCGGAGGAAAAUUUAAACUGUCUUCCUUCAGAGUUUAUCACAGCCACCACCAUCAAGACAGCAAACCAAAGGACAAAGACUCUGACCUGCUCUGUUGCCCUGUGUAGUCCCAGUUCACGCAUGGUUGGCAGACCUGGCUGGGUUACUGAUGAGUAAAUAAAAAGUCGGACACUUCUGUCAUUGGACACCUGUACUCACAAAGUGACCGAAAUGAGGGCUGUUCUGGAGACAGCAGACAUUGCCAUAGUGGCCCUGUACUUUGUCUUGGUCAUGUGCAUUGGCUUUUUUGCCAUGUGGAAGUCUAAUAGAAGCACCGUGAGUGGAUACUUCCUGGCUGGGCGCUCUAUGACCUGGGUAGCGAUUGGUGCCUCUCUGUUUGUGAGCAACAUUGGGAGUGAGCACUUCAUUGGGCUGGCAGGAUCUGGAGCUGCGAGUGGAUUUGCAGUGGGCGCAUGGGAAUUCAAUGCCUUACUGCUUUUGCAACUGCUGGGAUGGGUUUUCAUCCCCAUUUACAUCCGGUCAGGGGUGUACACCAUGCCUGAAUACUUGUCCAAGCGGUUCGGUGGCCAUAGGAUUCAGGUCUAUUUUGCAGCCUUGUCUCUGAUUCUUUAUAUCUUCACCAAGCUCUCAGUGGAUCUGUAUUCAGGUGCCCUCUUUAUCCAGGAGUCUUUGGGUUGGAACCUUUACGUGUCUGUCAUCCUGCUCAUUGGCAUGACUGCAUUGCUGACUGUCACCGGAGGCCUUGUGGCAGUGAUCUACACAGACACGCUGCAGGCUCUGCUCAUGAUCGUGGGGGCUCUCACGCUCAUGGUCAUCAGCAUGAUGGAGAUUGGCGGGUUUGAGGAAGUUAAGAGAAGGUACAUGUUGGCCUCACCCAAUGUCACUUCCAUCUUGUUGACCUACAACCUUUCCAAUACCAAUUCUUGUAAUGUCCACCCUAAGGAAGAUGCGCUGAAAAUGUUGCGGAACCCAACAGAUGAAGACGUUCCUUGGCCCGGAUUCGUUCUUGGGCAGACGCCAGCGUCAGUGUGGUAUUGGUGUGCCGACCAGGUCAUCGUGCAGAGGGUGCUGGCGGCUAAGAAUAUCGCGCACGCCAAAGGCUCUACUCUGAUGGCUGGCUUCCUGAAGCUUCUGCCAAUGUUUAUCAUUGUGGUGCCGGGAAUGAUCUCCAGGAUACUGUUUGCUGACGAUAUUGCUUGCAUCAACCCGGAGCACUGCAUGCAUGUGUGUGGGAGCAGAGCCGGGUGCUCCAACAUUGCCUACCCACGGCUGGUGAUGAAGCUGGUGCCCGUGGGCCUCCGUGGCCUGAUGAUGGCUGUGAUGAUUGCGGCACUGAUGAGUGACCUGGACUCGAUCUUUAACAGUGCAAGCACCAUAUUCACCCUCGACGUGUAUAAGCUCGUCCGCAAGAGCGCAAGCUCCCGGGAGCUCAUGAUUGUGGGGCGCGUGUUUGUGGCUUUCAUGGUGGUGAUCAGCAUUGCCUGGGUGCCGAUCAUCGUGGAGAUGCAAGGCGGCCAGAUGUACCUGUACAUUCAGGAGGUAGCAGACUACCUGACGCCCCCAAUCGCGGCCCUGUUCCUUCUGGCAAUUUUCUGGAAGCGGUGCAAUGAACAAGGGGCUUUCUAUGGUGGGAUGGCGGGCUUUGUCCUCGGAGUGGUCCGUUUGACACUAGCCUUUGCCUACCGGGCCCCAGAAUGCGACCAGCCUGAUAACAGGCCGGGCUUCAUCAGAGACAUUCAUUACAUGUAUGUGGCCACAGCACUGUUUUGGGUCACAGGACUCGUUACUGUAAUUGUUAGCCUUCUCACGCCGCCCCCCACGAAGGAACAGAUUCGUACCACCACCUUUUGGUCUAAGAAGAGCCUAGUGGUGAAGGAGAGCUGCUCCCCAAAAGACGAACCGUACAAGAUGCAAGAGAAGAGCAUCCUGAGAUGCAGUGAGAAUAGUGAGGCCAUCAACCAAGUCAUACCCAACGGGAAAUCCGAAGACAGCAUUAAGGGCCUUCAGCCUGAAGAUGUGAAUCUCUUGGUGACCUGCAGAGAGGAGGGCAACCCCGUGGCUUCCUUAGGUCAUUCUGAGGCUGAAACACCGGUAGAUGCUUAUUCCAAUGGGCAGGCAGCGCUCAUGGGAGAGAAAGAGAGAAAGAAGGAGGCAGGUGACGGAGGCCGCUACUGGAAGUACGUAGACUGGUUCUGUGGCUUUAAAAGUAAGAGCCUCAGCAAGAGGAGCCUCAGAGACCUGAUGGAGGAGGAGGCCGUUUGUUUACAGAUGCUGGAAGAGCCUCCACGUGUUAAACUAAUACUAAACAUUGGACUUUUUGCUGUGUGUUCACUCGGGAUUUUCAUGUUUGUUUAUUUCUCCUUAUGAACUUUUAAGGGUGUGAUGAAACACUAACUUAAGAAAAUACUGGUCUUUGAAAGAGAAAAAAAGACUUAUGUAACUGUUGCAUCUCUCAGGCAUUGUUUACGCUGUAGGUUUUAGCCAAAUUUUACUUAGCAGAACAUUAUCUAUUUGCAAGACUUUAUUUUCCCAGAGAUGGAUGAAAGUAAAUUUUCAACCUAAGUGAAGCAAAAUUUAACAGACUGAAUUGUGCAAGUGUGGUUUAAAAUUUCCAUACCAAAGUGAGACCAAUUAUUCUCGUAGAACACUGAGAGCAGAGUGUAUGCUAAGAUGCUCGAAAAAAGUACACUGUCCGCACUGCCAAUGUGGGUCGGAUCUUCUCGGCCUGGAGUGGGGGCCUGGCUUGUCUCAGAGUGUUUUCCUGUCUCUGUCAUCCCUACUGCCAUUUAAAGAGAACCGCAUCUGUAGACAUUGUAUAAGCAAUUAAGUGCUGAACAUCUGGCUGAUGUGCUUGCGAGGCGCCCGUUCAGGACAGGCUGGGUAGGCGCCAGGUCCGCGUUGCCCACGUGAGCCUGUGGACUCUGAUCGCCCAAAGAGCGGAGUGUCUGGCUGGCUGCUCUCCCACCGCCAGUAGACGCAGUGUUGGGGGAAGCUGCUUCUGGUUCCUUCUUUCCUACUUUUGAAGUUUUGCUGAAUCACGCUCACAUGAGCCCCAUGUCUGUCUUUGUAAAGGUACAUGUCAUGACUGUGUUGUUAAGUGACUGGGGAUGGGGACACGAAGUGACACUGCCGGUGGUCUUUGCAUUUAGUGGCCAGAUGAAGGUGUGUCACGUACUUUGGGCGUGAGCAGCCUCUGAGCAGCGCUGGGUCACCUUGGGCUAGACAGGUGAGUGCUCAGGCUCCGGUAACUCUGUGGGUGUGUUUUUGGCACUUGGCAACGUUCUUGAUUGGCCAGAUGCCUUCCCCUGCAGAUCCCGGGGGAGGGCGUUCAGACGUCUGGGGAUAGAGCGACAGUGUCUGGGUUCCUGUUGCUUGGUUAGCUCACGAUCUGCCGAGGCUGAGUUUUUAGAGAAAAUUCAAUCUGAGGUCAUAUUGUACCCUUGGUAAAGUUAUUUUUCUUGACCUGCCUUUUCAAAAGACUUGCCUUCUGUACCUGGCCUCUACAUUUUUGCUUAAAAAGUCAAGUGACUUAGAGCAUGAGGGUGUUUUGGUGCAGCCUUCGGUAGCAGAAAAGGAAGCGCCCGCUUUGCCUUGGGCAGGCUGUCGAAAGGUGUUUCCACAGGAGGAGAGUGUGUCCAGAGGUGCCUCUAGUGGGCGCUGCUGGGCGUGGGCGCCGUGCCGCAUGGAGAGCAGGGCAGCGCAGCGCCCGUGGGGCGGGACCCUUUGUCUUGAUGGGGCUUGGUCGGCGGCUGCAUCCUUUGUAGUGGGGGUCCCUCUCCACAGGUUGAUCCCUUUGUGGGGAGGGGGUGUGAGGGCGGACCCGAGUGGGCCCCCCACUGUCCUUUUUCCGAGCUCCAGGUGAAGGAGACCGACUGUGUAUCUACUUUCUUUGACUUUUCUGUAAUCUGAAACUUUUUAAAUUGCAUGAUUUUAUUCAGCUUUUGAUCUUUAGGGAAAAUUACUACUUUUUAGGAACUUUUCUAGAUUUUGAAUCAAAGCUCAGUCCUAAACUUUAAGUUUUUUGUACUCUGUAAACCAGUUUCAUUAAUUAACUAAUGGUGGACUUGACCGUCUGAAGCUGAUUUAGAAAUGAUCAGACUGCGUAGCAUCUUCCCGUUUCCAGGAGGUUUUCUGAAGGACUGAGUCUGCGGAGGAAAAAAUAAUUCUUGUAUGACUAGCAUGGUUUUUGAGAGCUUAGUGUGCCUUGCCAUUUUUUUUCUCAAUUUGUAAGUUGGGGGCCAAACAAAUAGGAUCGUCCUUUCCUUGCGCGGAGGCUGAGGCUCUGACAUGCCCUGGGUUACAGGGUCCACUGGGGAGACAGGUAACCGGGUGUCCAGCUCCGGUUUGUCCCCGGUUUGUCCCUUCCUCAAAGAACCGUUCCUCCUUGGAGAUACCCUUUCAGUAUUUGAGGAAGUAGUAGGAUCUUGCAUUUUCAAACCGGUGUCAGGCUGUGGGAAUUGAAAUUCGUUCGAGUGCAUUGCUGUGCACCUCAGCAGUGAGGACUGGCCGGGCGGCCUUCUCACCCCUUUAUUUACAGCAGCGAUGGUAGGGGAUGUUCUGUAGGCUUCCCCUUCCACGGUCAGAGGGUCCCCCGUCGUCUUCUCUGUGCUCUCGUCUUGGUAUAAUAUGUGAGAUGCAUCAUCUUGUGUCUGUCUGUGUGUAUGUAGCAGUAGGUCAAAUUUAGAGUAGUGAUGCCUGUAAAUAGGGUAGUGAUGCCUGUAUGACUGUUAGCAUAUCCAUUAGGGUGGCUCGUUCUCAGCGGUGCAGACAUCACUUUGUUGAGACCGACACCCCUGGAGCUUGUCCUGUUGCUUCCCAGUGCCAGAUGACGCACUUGGAAGUGUGUGACUCACUCCGUGCAGCUUCAUUUCAGAGGCUCACUCUUCAGUCUGUGUUUCCUUAGAGUGGUCACUCGUGGGGUGGUGCCUGUAUGUGGUGUACCCUGAGCUAGCAAGACGUCCAACUCAGCGGCUGUUUGAUGAUGACACGAAUCUCCAGACGUUGACAUGUGUAUACUUUUAUAUCGGCUCAAGCUAAGGUUCAGAAUUGGCGAAGAGUAAUGGUGACUAAAAUAGUUAAGAGUCAAAAUGAAGUGAGGACAUUGGUCUUCAGAGGUGUAGAAAAUGCCGUCUUAUCUGCUGUUAAUGGUGUCCCCAAUUCUGCUUUCUGUCCUUUCAGGCAGUUGUUGUCUUAAGACCUGAUGAGCAGACCUUGCUACUCAGGCAGAAGGAACACUGGCUCCGUCGUGGGGCCUCCGAGGCCUCUGCUCGACCGGGGUUCGUUUCUGUCCGCCCCCGAGGUAGCUUUCCGAGUGCUGGAGCCAGUCUCUCUUUUCCCACCGGCUCUUCUUGCUCAGUGAGGUUCUUUGUCACUCGUUCCUGAGCUUAGGAAAGCGUCAGUCAGGGGCGUGGUGCUGUGUCCUUCAGCCCACGUUCAGCGCCUGCAGCAGUUCGCAGGGACCGUCCCCGAGUGCACCGUCACACUACGAGGGUCGAGCCUGAGGCUGAUUGGGGCUGGGGGAGCUGCCGAGUCUCAUCCAGGGCUGUUGGCGUCUUUGCCUCUGUGUUUCUCAGCCCAUUGCUUCCUUCCCUCUGCCAGGCUUGCGGGUCUUCCCUCUGUCUCUGAAUGUCCUGAGAUCAGGUGGCCUGUGGGUGAGUCUCCAUCCGCACCACCCUCUGCCCUGGCGCUGGUACUGCCUGUUGCAGGGAUCGACCGGCCAGUCCCCCCCCCCCAACCCUCCACUUCCUCGCUUUCCUUCUGCUUUACUCUCCCGUGUCACUUCCACCCAAGAUGAGACUGGAAGGGACCACAUGGGUUUCUAGCAGUGACAUCUCACGAUUCCCCAGGCUUGCGUGGAGAGAUGUAUAAAGACCAUUCCUGUUAAAUGAUGGGAUUACAAAGACUUGGCAGGACAGCGCCUUCCUAAGGAAUCAGAAGACUGGCAGGCGAGAUGCGGAGCAGGACCUGGGCGGGACGGGCCGGCGAGUUGGUGAAGGGCACAGGCGCAGACCAGAACCGCGCUCGCUGGGCCCUGGACCCGGAAGGAGUGUCUCGGCCCUCGGCUGCUCUACCCCUGCCCCAGGAGACAGGGCGCCAGUGAGGGAGGUCCAGCCUCUAAACCCUGGUUUGGUGUUGAAUACUGUAAAGUACGAGUUUACUAGCAUAUUUGAGGUAUCAAAAUGACUGGUAUUUGAAGUGAUAUUUUAGUAGAAAAGUGCUGUUAGGCUUCAGUAUUCAUGAGAUUUCUUACUAGCCGGGUGUUACAUCGCUUAAGUCAUUUCACUGUUAACAUUAGCCUGAGCAGACUUCGCUAAUGAGGGUACAUUUCUGUCUGCGCGCAUACCCACCUGCCGUUCAGAGACCGGUCUGUCCCCUUCAUUUCUCCCCUUCACAUCACUUGGGUUCUUCACCUGUUCUCUCGGUGCUCACCAGACUCCUCUGACUCUGUCGGCUGGGUUCGCUGUCGGGCUUCCUGCCUUGGUGUGCAGAAGGGCUGCUCCGCCCCUGGUGAGGAGACUUGUGUCCAAAUGAUGAUGUAUUAAUUAUAGAAGUGUUUAAUACCAAGUCUCUAUUAGCUUGAACUGUUAUUCUCAAAAAUAAUUUUCUGAGACUUUGUGUUUACUAACAAUGAAAGCCCUAAUUCAGUAUGUUUUCUCAGCACUCCUGUUUAAAAAAUUAGGGGGAUGGUGUUAAAACUCGUGAGUCCCUUUGAAAUGAUGGUACCACAGUGGAGAGAAGAAUGGAGUUCUGAUGCCAAAGGCCUUGUUCUUGUGAUAAUUAAAGGGGAAAAGUUGGGCUGAGCAGUCUGUGUGUAGAGAAGUGCUGUGUACUGGGGAGCUACACGGAGCUGGCUACCCGGGACUCGGCCUUCGGAUUUUUACACUUGGUUAGACUUGGUGGGCACUUCAGGGCUGCAGACCCCUUUUCCUCCAUCAAGGCCGCUUCUGUUCAUUUGGGGUGAUUUUCGCCUAGCUCUCCCCUCUGUUGGAAGACUCCAUGUUCAGCCACUUUGACUACUAGAAUGCAAAGUAGCUGAGGGCGCAGUGAUUAGUGGACAUGGCCAGGGCUGGGCCCCAUGUUGCUCUUCACCUUGUCUGGUCACGAAAAGGUUUUCAUUUAAACUGCUCCCUCCAAUGCUGGGAGUGAGACUUUACUGAUUCACCUUUAACAAGGUGUUGCGAGAAUUGGUGUUACUUAAGUUUUUGUUUCCAUCUCAAAUCCUUUAUAAAAGUUAAAUUUUAGUUUGUUUUGUUUUGGGUUAGGCACCCCUUUUACGUGGUAGUUAAUGUCCUUAACUAUUGACAUAGUCUUUUAUUCAGAAGUAAACAGAACGUUCGGUGGAUAUGUAUCAUUACUCAUUUCAUGAACUUUUCUUUCUAGGGGAGUCCCAUAAUCUGAAGCUCUUUACCUAAACCCUUACCCUUACUGUAUGUAAUGACCUUUGAAAGUUCCAUUUGGUUAUUUGGAUACACAGCAUGUUUGCAGAAGGGGAUGCUAGAUUAAAUAAAACAACUGAAGAGCAAGUCAAGGCAAAGCACAGUGGUCUCAAAUCCCCCCAGCGUGGCAGCUCAGAAAAGCACUGCACUGUAAUCGUCGUCCAUGACUGCCCCCCGCCCCUGCCGAGGGGUGAUCCGAGGGCUCUGUUACAACGGAAAGUACAUUUCUGUGCAUUUGGCAGUAGCACAAGUUGACAGCGGACAGCCAUAACCUUACUGGAGGCUUACGUUUCUCUGUCUUGGUUAACUCAGCCUGACCCUGGUGCUGUGGAUGGAGGAGUGCUUGCUUCAUUUUUGUCUGACUCCGGACUGACUAGUCUGGAUAACUUUUCAAUUAUCAGUGUAGCCUAGACUUUUUAAGUGGAAUGUUCCCUGAUAACUCACUUGUUGUUGUGAUGGUUGGAAACUUACAUUAAACUCAUUGCUGUUACUGAAAUCUCAAAUUGGCAAAGGCCAAUGGCCAGGGCGUCCCCUGAUCAGCAUCUGAAAGUCCUGUGUCUGACUAGUGCCUUCUGGUUGCCGACAUUAACUCUGCUGGUUUACUUACACCUUUCCCUUCCUGGUUGAAAACUGCUACAGUUUUUCUUUUUGAAUUUUGUUACAGCUUGUGAAGGAGGUAAAAGUAUCUUUAUAUUUACUUACUUUAUAUGCAGCCUAUAUUUUUAGGUUCAAAGAAACCAGGUAGCCUAGUUGGUGUCGCAGCUUAAGUGUUAUUUAUAUGUAUUUGUUUCUUUAAUUAAAAAAUAAAGUUACUUAUAUUAAUUCUGUGAGUAUACUUUCCUGGAUUGUUUUCCAGUGUAGCUUUGACAGGUGCAUCUGAGAACUCGCAUGUAACAGGUUUCACAUUCCACAACAGGGCAAAGCUUGAGAUCCACAGAAAGCACAAACCCUGCUCCCCCACGUGUGUGUGUCCACACGCAGAAAGCACAAGAGUGGCAGUGUUCUUGGUGUCCCGCAAGUGCUGGUCGUGGAGCACAGCCGGAGCCGGGUGUCAGGACAGAGGGCCACGCUGGAGCGCUUCGGGCAGUGCGGUGUCUCCGUAGGGGUCCCACAUGGUAGCAGUCCAGUCUGAUAGUUCGGAUGAGUUUGUGUUUCUUUGGUGGAGAGAGACAGUAUAAAUGUCAGCAGUGCUGCUGUUAGUUAUAUUUGGGGGUCACUCGCUAACAUGGGUUGUAUGGGCUCUGCCCUGCAGUCUGGGAGUAAAGAGGCCAGGACAGACUCGCAGGUUUUGGGGUGACAGUUUGAGAAAUUUGUGCUGUAGAUGGUUUGUUUUUUUAAUCUUAAAUUUUUGGGAUGUUCAACCUCCUGUCAGUAGUGUCCUGAAAAUAUGGAGAAAUUUCAUAUUUUAAGAGGGCAAAUACUACUGGUGUUUAGUAAUUUGUAUUAGUUUGUAAGGAGGAGGUGAAGUUAUCUAAUGUGUAUGCCUGACUGCAUUUCAUAAUAAUAGAGCAGAAUUUGACCCAGGUGUCCUGAGUGGCAAACUAGUUCCAAGACAGAUGUGCCAGUUGAACUACGUUGGUUUUCACAGUGGUUCUAAAAGUCUAAGGGACUCUAUUGCCUGUCGCACCACCUGCUUCCAGACUAAAUCAGUCUGUGAACGAGGGAGCGAAAGAAGACAGUGUGUGUUUUCUUCUGCUGCCCUUACUCCGAACCUUCUCCACCUGCAUAGUCCCUGUUUAUCGUGAAUGAAGAAAUAUGUCAUUGUCCUGAGUUUUGCUGGUAGGUCAAAAGAUAAAACUCUCGGGAUGGGGGAGAAGUAACUACCUUUGUUUCCCACUCUGUCUUGUGUAUUUGUCUUCUUGGGGAAAGACUUAGUCAACUCCAAUCACGUGGAAUGAUGGCUAAGCUGGCGCACACUAAUGAGACAGGUUGUAGAACAGUUAACCUGACCUGGAGGAGGUGGGGGGCUUCCCCUCUCCAGCAGAGCCGGGUGUGUACCUGCAGGGAGAGGUGGGAGUGUAAGACCUCAGGCUCGGGGGCUGAGGGGGAGGAGUGCCAGAGAUGCAGGCAGAUGGAGUACCAGGCCCCUUUGGCCUAGUACUACGUGAUAAGGCAGAGCAGUUAGAACUUGUCCGUCCUGGGGCGUGUGUGUUCUGUAUCUUUAAGUGUUUUAAAUCUAAACGUGUGUGAGAACGUCAUGCUUCUCAAGAUUCUUCCAUUAGAACGUCUGUUAAUAGUCCCGUGGGAAAUUGCUUUAAUUAGUCUAGGUGAAGCAGUCCUAGCAGUGUAAAUAUGUGUAAUUACAAUUUCCUGAUUUCACUGUGAGAUCUCUAACUUUUGAGUGGCAAACAGAUCAACAGGUCUUUGCUCAUGGAUUUUUCUGUGGGGUUGUUAAAAUUCAGAAGCUUUAUUUUUUUUAAUAAGGAUGUAUUGCUUUAGUGUCCGACGGAGGCACGGACCCUGCUCCCCCGCUUCCCCCCCAGUGCUGCUGCAGCUGGCAGAUGGCCGGCAGAGUCCAGGGGCAGCACGGGCAUUGCCGCGUCGUGCUCGGGUGUCCCGUGCUCUGUGGGCAGUCACGCGGGAGCUGUGGCGUGCUCCUCACUGCUCUUCUGUUUGUUUGGUUAGGUGCGUGUCAGAACUCGUUGCUGUGCAAAAGUUAGUAGUCUUCUUCAGGAAGAAAGCCAGUUCCUUUAAAAUACUCUGUGAAAUUGCUUCUUUCAUUUCUUUAUUUUUAAGCCAAAUGUCAGCAGAGUACUGCUGCUUUUAUCUAGUAAUUUUGAUAUCUAAGUAUUAAUGCAUUUAAAAAAUGUCUACAGUGAAAAAUGUCUUUUCAGCAUCCUGCCUGUUGUGCUUUACUUGGAGUUUCUGUUGAAAGACCAGUCUGCGCACUGGGGGAGUGUAGUGUGUGUGCUACGUCAUCGGUGACGCAUCGUGGGUCAGGCAUGGCCGUGCGUGAAGUUGCUGAGUCCCCGGUGUAUGUUCCGAGUUGUUCACCGAUUUCCGGUGUACCCUUCAUCGUCUACGGCUUUUUCAUUUUUAUUUUCUAAGGUAUAACUAGUUGGGUCCAUCUCAUACUAUGUUUUAGUUGCAAGCAGAAAGUAGAACUUGCUAUAAACCAGGUUGCUUUCAUGUUGAAAGAAAUACAAUUGAAAUUGUAGAUUUAGGAUGGUUAACCACAUAUGACAGUUCUAACUUGACUGUUCUAACCUACUGUAUACAACCUGAUUUUUAAAAUUGUAGACAUGUAUGAUCUUGGUUUUAAUGUUUCUAAAAGUGUUACUGUUUUUAAAAAUGAAAAAGAAGCAAAUCUGCUAACGAGCUGUUGGUCUCCAUUACUGACGCUGUAAAGUACCCUGUUUUUCGUGUGUGCUGUGUGUUAUCUGCCAGCUGCUGCAUUGGCCUUCAAAAGUAUUUGGAAACUUAAGAUGAACUGCAUUUCUUUCGAAGUAUAUUCCUUUCUGUGGUAUUUUUGUCCUGUAACUGAAGUAUAGUAAUUAUUUUAUGGAAAUGUUAGCACUUAUGUACCAACUUUGAAUAAAAUGAAAAUGGACAUCUCUGUGGCUGAGUAUUUUUAGU